ACAACUUGUCACUAAAAAAAAAAAAAUCAAUUACAACUUUUUACAGUAAAUCACACUUUAUUUAUAGCCUCAGUCUUCAACGCAUUCACGCAUCAAUUAUUGCCGAGUUCGUUGCUUAUUCUCAGUUUCUCAAUUACGCAUCUAGAUCAAUCGCAGGCUAGAAGAAAUCAAUGGAGUUGGAUCUAACACCGAAGACAGCACAACCAUUGCUUGAGGGAGAUGGUGGUGGUUACUACAUUUGGUUAAGUUCUCAAGUUCCAGUUUUGGCUAAGACUAAUGUUGGUGCUGGUCAACUUGUUCUUCAGCCAAGGGGAUUUGCUCUUCCUCAUUAUGCAGAUUCAAACAAAGUGGGUUAUGUCAUAGAAGGGACCGAUGGCGUAGUUGGAAUGGUUCUCCCCAACACUGGAAAAGAAGUUGUUUUGAAGCUUAAGAAAGGAGAUGUGAUUCCUGUACCUAUUGGAGGUGUUUCAUGGUGGUUCAAUGAUGGUGAAUCAGAUCUUAACAUUAUAUUUCUUGGGGAAACUUCUAUAGCUCAUGUUUCAGGAGAAUUCACUUAUUUUUUCCUAACUGGUGUUCAAGGACUUUUAUCAAGUUUCUCUAGUGAUUUAAUAAGCAAAGUAUACAAUUUUAAUAAAGAUGAGGUGACCAAGCUAACACAAAGCCAAAAAGGGGUUGUUAUAAUCAAGUUAGAAAAAGGUCAACCUAUGCCUAAGCCAAAAUUGGACCUAACUAAAGACUUUGUUUAUGACAUUGAUGCUAAAACACCAGAAAUUAAGGCUCAAAAUGUGGGGUUAGUCACAACCUUAACGGAGAAAGAUUUUCCUUUUAUUAAGGAUGUUGGGUUAAGUGUGAUUAGGGUUAAACUUGAACCUAAUGCUAUUAAGGCACCAUCAAACCUAAUUACCCCUGGGAUUCAGUUAAUUUACAUUGCUAGAGGAAGUGGAAAAAUUGAAAUUGUGGGAAUCAAUGGAAAACGUGUCUUGGAUGCUCAAGUUAAGGCUGGUCAUUUGAUUGUUGUGCCACAUUUUUUUGUGGUUGCUCAAAUUGCAGGUGAAGAAGAAGGAAUGGAGAGUUACUCUAUUGUGACAACUACCAAACCUUUGUUUGAAGAGUUAGCCGGAAAGACAUCAGUAUGGGGAGCCUUGUCACCUAAUGUGCAACAAGUGUCUUUCAAUGUGGAUUCUGAGUUUAAUAAACUUUUCAUAUCUAAGGCCACAGAAACCACAAGUCUCAUUCUCCCUACCAUUUAGUUUGACUUGUUUAUAGUAUACCCCAAUAAUAUUCUUAUGUGUGGAAUAUUUCUUUUAUUGAAUAUGUGUGGAAUUUAUGUAAUAAGGUGUUUGAUUUUUUUAUUUUUUUUGUUAAUUAAUAAACCCUACCCAAAUGGUGGGUAGAGUUUGUAUGCCAUGAUGUUACAUCCAGGCACCACCAUUUAUAAAUUUUAAUUAUCGGAAAAAAAAAAAAGUUCUAUGAUAAGUAUAAAUAUUGAUUAAUGUGAAUUGUGAAACUACAUGGACAUCCAACCAUGAUAAGCUUAAUGUAUUUUGGUAAUA